GUUCAGUGAUGCCUGAUCACAACUCUGUGCAUAAGGAGGGUUUCCAUGGAUCUUGUCACAUUCUUGGUGCUCACUCUCUCCUCUCUCACUCUCAUCUCAUUAUGGAGACAGAGGUCUGGCAGAGAGAGGCUCCCUCCUGGCCCCACCCCUUUCCCGAUUAUUGGUAAUUUCCUUCAGAUAGAUGUGAAGAACUUCAGCCAAUCCUUAACCAAUUUCUCAAAAGCCUAUGGCCCUGUGUUCACUCUGUAUUUGGGUUCACGGCCCAUUGUUGUAUUGCAUGGGUAUGAAGCAGUGAAGGAAGCUCUGAUUGAUCAUGGGGAGGAGUUUUCUGGUAGAGGAAGCAUUCCAAUGGCUGAAAAGAUUAAUAAUGGCUUUGGCAUUGUUUUUAGCAAUGGAAACAGAUGGAAAGUGAUAAGACGCUUCACCAUCAUGACCCUGCGUAAUUUGGGCAUGGGGAAAAGGAACAUUGAGGACCGUGUUCAAGAGGAAGCACAGUGUCUUGUGGAAGAACUGAGGAAAACCAAGGGCUCACCUUGUGACCCCACAUUCAUCCUGAGCUGUGCUCCCUGCAAUGUCAUCUGCUCCAUUAUUUUCCAGAAUCGUUUUGAUUAUAAGGAUGAGAAUUUUCUUAACCUCAUGGAAAAACUAAACGAGAAUGUCAAGAUUCUGAGCUCCCCAUGGUUGCAGGUCUGCAAUAAUUUCCCUUUACUCCUUGACUAUUGUCCAGGAAGUCAUCACAAAAUACCAAAAAACAUUAAUUAUAUUAGAAGUUACCUGUUGGAGAAAAUAAAAGAACACCAAGAAUCACUGGAUGUUACAAACCCUCGUGACUUUAUUGAUUACUACCUGAUUAAACAAAAACAGGCAAACCACAUCGAACAAGCAGAAUUUUCACUUGAAAAUCUGGCCUGCACUAUCAAUAAUCUGUUUGCUGCAGGGACAGAGACAACAAGCACAACACUGAGGUAUGCUCUCCUACUCCUGCUGAAGUACCCACAUGUCACAGGUGAGAGCACAGUUGGUAAAUCACAGUGGUCCUGUAAGUUGUUGGAAAGAUGACAGCAGUGUCAUUUG